AUGCAAGGCGGUUAGUAUGGAAUGCCUGUGAGCAAAAAAAUACAAUUUAAACUCAAUUUUGUGAAAUCAGAAGCAUUUGAUUUUUCUGAAGACACUCUUAUCAGGUUUAAAGGAAAAUACAAAAGAGAAUCGAUAUAAAAGCUAAAGCUUUCAUUCAAAAAAACUACUAAAAACAUUGAUUGCUGGAUUUAAAAUUUGCAAAAUAGCUAAAAUUACUAAACUGAUAGUAAUAGUACUGCGGCUCCUAGUGAUACUUCUCAAGAAAACAUUUAGAUUCCUUCUUGA